AAAAUGGAGACCAAGCAGUCUAUGGACUACAUUAUCAAGGGACCUGGAGGAACAACAAAGCCAAUUGCUCCAAAAUUGAUUACUGUUAACCCAUUGAAUAUUAUUAUCGAGUCUAAUUCAGGACAAAUUGAUAAAACUCUGGAACUCAAAAACAUCUAUCCAUGUCGUAUUGCUUUCCGUGUUCGAACAAAUGGACCGACUAGAUACACAGUUUGCCCCAGUAAAGGAUUCUUGAGUAAUGGCGAAAAAGUGGCGAUUCAAAUCACAUUGAUUGAUGGAACAAAAUAUCAAUCAAAUCAUCAGUUUAUCGUUCAAGCAAUGCCUUCUCCCGGAGACUUUGCUGAUCGGAAGUUCAUCUGGAAGCAACCAAAUUUUCUUGGAAUUUUUACAAAUACUCGUGUUAAGACAAUGAGACCGGCUCAAUCUUUGCCGAAAUCGAAUCCGAAAAGUCCAGCAAAGGUUUCAACCCCAACAGACUCUGGCAUGUCCUCGCCGGUAGCUUCAUCUGAGUCAUUGGUAACUCCGUCUGUUCCUAGUUGGUCCAAAUCACCGUCAUCUCCAAUUGAUCAUGGAAAAUUUGCGGAAAACAUCAAUGAUCUGAGUGUUCAAGUAAAAAAAGCAAUUGAUGAGAAGAAUACACGUACGAGUGAAAUGGUUUCAGUUGUCAAUCAGAUUAAAGCAGUUGAAGUGGAUCUAGACAGGCAGGCCCAAUUGGUGAAUGAAUUGAGUGAAAGAGUUAAGAGAGGAGAAAUUCAAUACUCGAAUCUUGUGAUGCAUGAACGAAGUCUGAGAGUUGAGCUGGGUCGUCUCAAAAACAAUGAAGCAGAGUCUAUUGGACAAUGAAUUUAUUGAACUUGAUUUGAAAAUUAGUUGAAGAAAAUACGAGAUAAAUUACCGGUUUCGGAAUUGAGAA